AUGAACGCCUCUCGGAGAGCCCUGACGCAGGGCCAGAGGCAAAUACGCUGCCAAACCCGCGUCGCCACUCGCCACCUCAACACACCCUCUACACGGUUCUGGUCCGCCUCUGCGACAUCAGGAGCUUCUUCGUCCUCUUCCUCUUCCAAAUCGGUACCGCCCACGCCCAAAGUCACAGCCCUGCCAGAUGACGCCGCAGCAUCGAAGCCUGCGUCCAGCAAGCCGGCGCCGCCCAACAAGCAAGCCAAGCCGUUCUCGAAGCCCUAUUCCACCACAAGCAGCAGCAGCAGCAGCAAGGCCUCGGCCGCGAUCCCCACCGACCUCUUCUACCAGCCGACGACUGUUGCGCACGACGAGGGCGCGGGCGCCUCCGACGAUGCCGCCAUCCCCGCGGUGGACUGGUCGUCGAGCUUCCACGGCAUCGCGAGCCGGCCCGUGACGCAGCGGCAGUUUGGCGCGCUCAUGCGGCCGCUCGACGUCGACGACAUCGAGGUCAAGCCCGACGGCAUCAUCUACCUCCCCGAGAUCCGCUACAGGCGGCGCCUCAACGAGGCCUUUGGCCCCAUGGGCUGGGGCCUGAUCCCCAAGGGCGAGGCCGUCGUCGGCGACUCGAUUGUCACGCGCGAGUACGCCCUGAUUGUAGAUGGAAGAUUCGUCUCCCAGGCACAGGGCGAAAACUCGUACUUCGGCGCCGACCAGCUCCCCUCGGCCGUCGAGGGCUGCAAGUCCAACGCGCUCAUGCGCUGCUGCAAGGACCUGGGUAUCGCGUCGGAGCUCUGGGACCCCAGCUUCGUCCGCUGGUUCAAGAAGAACCGCAUGGAGGAGGUCUGGGUCGAGCACGCCACCACCAAGAAGAAGCGCACGCUCUGGUACCGCAAGGGCGCCGUCGAGGUUGCCUACCCCUACCGACAGACCAAAUAA